GGUUUACUCUGGAUUACAAUUCUCUUAAGAGGGACCAAAUCUGAGCGAUUGCAGAAUAUGCUACAUUCAUAGCCCAUGUCCCUGGGAAUUAAAUCACUAUGGAGGGCUCGCAUUCUCAAAGUCCAUAUCGGAGUGUUCUCCCCAAUUCCCAGGGAGCAAUACAAUCCAUCGUUCUUUCAACGAUCGAGUCGCCGACAAUGGUACUCGACCCCUACAAUGGCUGAAAACGCCACGGAAAGUCCCCCGAAGCAUACAUCCAUGACGGCCUUGCGGAAUGAGAUGCGUAGAAAUAUGAUCAGGGCAAAGUUUGGCACCCUACCGAUGGAACCGGCACUUGUAAAGCGACCAUUUCGAUAUCGCAACAAACGUAUGGCGCAAAAAAGCUUGCGUCAGUAUAGAAGAGGCGUUGCAAGGCAGGUUCUAUACGAUGCCGCGCAUAAGCGUUCAGGAAAACCCAGGAGAAACUGGCGCGCAACUUUGUCCUUCAUGUUGAUGGUAACGCCCAAUCAAGGAGAGGUGUUGCAUUUUCGGGUCAUCGUAGGGAAAGGCGUCUCAGAAAAAGCCCGUCAGGUAUUGUCAGGGCCAGAUACUCACAUCUCCGAAAUAUGCCGAAGGAAUGAAAGCUUCGUUCAAAUCGAGAACCAAAUAUCCAAGAAUGACCAACUCAUGUUCACAUUGUCUGGCUCUGAAAUCGCAGUCCGAAAUUCGCUUCGGGACAUCAUUGGAGUGGUAGGGGCGAUCACCGCUGUUAGGAUAUCCGAUCCAGCCUUCAGAGGAUUCAUGUUGGACGUUUGGAAGGAGGCGGUAGAAGAGCAACCAGAAACACGACUUUUACGCAGCGGAGAGAUUGGGGAGCCUGUUGUCGAUGACAAGACGAUAACUGUGAAGUCGUCCUCGUCCUCGUCCAACACUCAUUCGGUUUACAAACCUUACGAAUUGAGGAUGCGAGCUGAUGACAUCAAAGUUCCUAAGGAAUGGACCAAAACUUCCUUUGAAGAAUACGUUGCCGCAUUAGUUCAUGGUCGAAUCCCAAACCACCUCGCACGAUCGCUGUACCCGAAAUUUCCGGAUCACCAACAAACAGUGGUUUCCAUACUUAUCGACUUAUUCUACACUCGAGCCGCCAGAUCUGCAAUCUCUCUAUCUGCGACGAAGAUGGCUAUAGGCUUCAUUGGGUCCACUGGUCGUGGUUUUCGUCGUGCAUCUCGGUUAAUCUACAACCGUGUGAGGAGCCUACGCAUGCCUGUGGAUGCUGAAUUAUACAGUAUACUUCUCGCCAACGCCUCGAGAGCUAAGGAUCUUAAUAACUUCAACCGAGUAUUAAGAGUAAUGGUUCGAAAAGGUUACCCUCCACAAAGCCGUGCUUGGGUCGCAUUCUUGGUAAUGAUGCGCAGUCCCGCGAUCAAACGUUAUAUCGUGAAAAGCUUGAGAGCGAAGAACCUUGACCAGAACCCAAUGAUACUGCGCGCGAUAGGCAGGGAAAUGGCGACAGUUGAUCUUGAAUUCGAGCUGUCAAGUUUACUCCGGACGAAGUCAGCGACGCCGUUAGCGACGUUUAAUGUCCAUAGGUUCGUGGCCAGGCAGAAUGAGAAGUACGGCCACGGGUGGUUGGACACAAUUACUCUCAACAAGAUGUUGGACAUACUUGGUAAACAUGCUCUGCCAGAUGCUUGCAAAGCUCUGCUGGUCUUGAUCCAUAGUGCUCGACCUACUUUGCCUGAUGCAGGCACGCUGAACACAAUAUUGUCCCGCGCAAACGGCUUUGCAUACCAGAUGGAAAUGUUACAAAUGAUGCUUAAACGAUGGCCACGAACAAAGCUAGAUGAUAUAACUUACCACAUGUUAUUUAGAUUGGCUUGGAACAGACGUUACCCGAACAUGCUUAGAGUUGUAUGGCGAUAUGCUGUCCUUUCGCACAAAACAACGUCUAAGAUGCGAUAUACUCUCUCUAAACUACUUAGACAAACGGGGGAUCUAAGUAAUCGGAUUAAAUUCCUCAAGGAGUGGGAGGACGUGAUAUAUGGGCAAACAGAAUUGGCAGAGAUGCGAGCAUCCCACCCAGAUGGCUUCCAUGUCCGACAUAUGCUACCUAAAUAUGUUAUGCCGGCAAGGGGGAUGAGGCCGGCUUUCACGCUCCGAGUCAAGCUUAAGGAAGCGAUUACUAUGGACGUCAAGAUACAUCAGUUACUAAAGGAGGGGAAGAUCGCCGAUAAACAGUCGCUCUCGGUUGAUAUACCAUUAGUGCCAAAAGUGAGGUUCAAAGUUGACGAACUUCACGCCUUCGAAGACGAACCUGAUGUUGGUACUCUCCGCAGCAAGGAUUGGUACGAUCCGUCUCCAUAUCCUACUCAACCCGAGACUAAAACUCGGGUGGGGAAUCGAUGGGUUGCCAGCAGUGGAAAAUAAGGGGUCUUUGUACAUUAUAAUGACAUGAUACCAAGUUAAAACAAAACUAACAUGGAGAAUACAGUCACCUCAGUGAUAUCCAUCUCUAGCUAAGGAUGAGGCCACCAGUACAUGGUGAGACCGAGGGACAUUAGAAGACAGAUUUAAUGGCCAAAGCAUUCAAUACAUACCUGGUCCUCCUUAAGGGGUACAGUACUUGGAUACAAAAGGACCUGGUAAUCAUUGAUCCAAUACGGAUUUUGCUAUAAGUCGAUGCUUCCCUGGCCGUCAGGUACCUGCCUUAAUCUGCCUAGGUACAUGGAUACUUGCUGUAGCGGUAGAUGGAUUUUAAAGUGGGUGAUGUCAAAAGCCAUUGAUAACCGUCGUCUAAAUAUUGCGUUGCCGUAGCUGCCGUUAGGUACCUUCUAAAUCCAGCACGGUACAGCUGAAAAACCACUUUAACUUCUGUAAAUUCGCAAUAUCUUGUCUUCCAUUUGCCCCUCCAACAUUCAAAUGCCCCGCACCGUUCUCACGCGACUUCCUUCAAGUCAGCUCAAGCUUCUUAAAACCCCAACUUUGUCGGCUUACAGAAACUCUCACUUUAAGGACCUACCUUACUCCAGCGA